AUGCUGCUUGACGGUGGUUAUGUUGACAACUUGACUGUCGCUCACAUGAAGUCGUUGGGCGCAGAUGUCAUUNUUGCUGUCGAUGUCGGAGCCCUCGACGAUGACAAUCCACAAGCCUACGGAGACUCACUAUCCGGAUUCUGGGCCUCUUUCAACCGUUGGAACCCAUUCUCUGCACACCCCAAUCCACCGACACUUUCCGAGAUUCAGGCUCGCCUGGCAUAUGUGUCUAGUAUUGAUGCGCUCGAGCGUGCUAAGACCACACCUGGAUGCUUGUACCUUCGCCCACCGAUUGACGGAUAUGGUACACUCGAGUUUGCUAAAUUCGACGAGAUCUACCAGGUUGGCUACAAGUAUGGACAAGAGUUUUUGGCCAAGCUGAGGGAAGAAGGUGUUUUGCCUGUGAUGGAGGAGACGGAGGAGAGGAAGAACUUGAGAAGAACCAUGGCACCCAGACGUGCGAGUAUCUAA